UACCGAUUUUCCCCAACCUCCUCCUCUCUCUCUCUAUCUCUCUCGUUCGCUUUCUCUGUUCGAGAAUCCGAUUAUAGUCUAUGGAGAACAACGCCCAAGCAUCAGGUGGUGGUGGCCCACCGCCAAAACCGUGGGAGAGAGCUGGAUCCUCUUCUGGGCCCGGACCAUUUAAGCCUUCCUCUGCUGGUAACACAAGUGCUGUAGUCGAAGCUUCUGGAACUGCUCAACCCGGUGAAGUUGUUUCGACUGCUAAUAGGAGUACAACUGUUAAUACAAACACUCUUGGGAGGCCAGUUCCUGCUCGGCCCUGGGAACAGCAGCAGACGUAUGGCAGCACUUAUGGAGGAGGUUAUGGUUCGGGUGUAAAUUACAAUUCUGGAUAUGGAAGUGGGAUGUAUGGUUCAUCAUAUGGGGGAUUAGGAGGGGGGUUAGGAGGUGGAUUAGGUGGGGGGUUAGGAGGGUCGUAUGGAGGUGGGAUGUAUGGAAACAGCAUGUAUAGAGGAGGUUACAGUGGACUUUAUGGAGGAGCAGGAGGCGGCAUGUAUGGUGGUGGUGGUGGAAUGUAUGGUGGUGGUCUUGGAGGAGGUCUUGGAGGCCCCAUGGGAGGCUAUGGAAUGGGCAUGGGGGGACCCAUGGGUGAUCAAGACCCAAACAAUCCCUACGGACCUCCUCCUUCUCCACCUAAUUUUUGGAUUUCGCUAAUGCGAGUGAUGCAGGGUGUAGUGACAUUUUUUGGACGGGUUGCAAUCUUGAUCGACCAAAAUACACAGGCAUUCCAUAUGUUUAUGUCUGCCCUUCUUCAGCUAUUCGAUAGAUCUGGUAUGCUAUAUGGAGAGCUUGCCAGAUUUGUUCUUAGAAUAUUAGGAGUCAGAUCGAAGCACAUGAAAGUUCAUCCUCCCGGCAUGGAAGGUCCACCUGGACCUCACAACCACCCUGGAAAUCACAACUACAUGGAGGGACCAAAGCCUGCUGCUCCGAGCGGCGGUGCGUGGGAUGGUGUAUGGGGUGAUGCACAGUAAAUCGAUCUGAUUGUACGUGUCUCUUUAGUGUAGAUGAUGAGAAAUGAAUUGGCCGUCGUAUCUUUUAAUUGAAAGGUGCAAGUGCAGAAGAAAGAGGAUGCUGCUACUACUACUUUCCUUGAUUCGAAAUCUCACCCGAAACAGAAUCGUCGUAUUCUUGUAAUGGAAGCUGCGUGUAAUAAAAAGGAGAAUACAUAUAUCCUAAGAAGUAAAAAAAUGGUUUUUGUGUGGAAAAUUAUCC